AUGAAACAGCGUGCUCUUCGAUACUGGUGGUUGUACCAUUUAUAUGGUUGGCUUGCACCAUUAAUGGCGACAAUUGCUAUCUUUCUGGCAUCUACUGUUGCUGCUAAAGACGGCGAUCCGAAAACGAGACUCCAGGAAAUUACCACAUUGCAAUACAGUGCUGCAAUAGUUCUACUUGCUCUGUGUAUUAUUGUUAGUUCAACGAAUCUUAUUCGAAUUAUACGUCGAAUGUAUCAGUUAAAACGAGACAAUGAAGAACAUCAGCGUACAAGUUCAAUAUCACGAGAAAACGAGCCAUUAAUUGAACAUAACGAUGAUGGUGACAGUAAUGUGCAUUCGAAUCAUAUAUCAAUUAACUCAACGUUAUCAGAAACAUUAGCAUUGGAAAUAGAUACGCAACUAUUUCGUCAUGCAAUUCUUGUUGGUCUACUAAAUAUCAAUGCUUUCGUCUGCAUAUCAGUUUUACUCUGGUCGAUUGCAGUCACCAAUCAUGAUGGCAUUUAUUAUGAAUUACAAUUUCUGGAUACAGCCUUAUUGCACGGUCAAGGUAUCAUAACAUUUCUCGUUUUUGCUCUUGAUGCUGAUUUAUUACUACCCAUACGUCGAAAAAUUAUUAAAUUAUUGAAUCGCUUUGGCUGGAAAAUUACUUGUGAUGCCGACGGUGCUCAUCAUAAACCAGUCCACAAGCAGCGAGCACUUGAUUUUGAACGUCGAAUUCGGCCAGAUUUCAUUCGACAUUCCAUAUCAACACAAAGUAUGAAUAGUUCAUUGGAUACAAUGGAAACGAUAUUUACCGGAAAUGAUUUUUGCCAAUGGCUUGUUUCGAAUGGUUAUCUAGAGAAUGAUGUGAGAGCCCAAGACUACUGUCAAGAAUUAGUGAGUAUGAAACAUAUUGUUUGUAUCAAUCGCAUUCCAAAAGAAGAAACUCCUGAUUCCGCCAAUAAUUGGUAUGCUUUCACCAAAUAA